UCUGCGCGCAGUGAUCACACUCUGAAGGAGCGGACUGACAACAGCAGCUCUCCAACACUAAAACACUCUAUCCUCCGCUUAGCUGCCCCGGGACAGUACGCAUGGAUUUACCAAACUGAGCUGAGCGGCCAUGGAGUGAGUUUUACCCGCAGAGAGGAGCGCGUAAAGGUUCAUAUUCUCUUCUCCCAUGCUCAGAUGUGAUUUUCCCCAGAGGUGGUGAUUACUAUGGGGUAAGACAGAGAGAGGAGACAGAACAGGAAGCAAGCAAAGCCCCCUCCUCUGCAGGUGGUGCAAGGUGCAGGUCCUUGUCAUGGCGCUCCGGAUGAAGCUCAAGGUUGUGGUGACUGUGAUGAUGGUCAACCUGUUUAUCUUUAUUAUCAUCUCCCGACACCACAACCAGGACAAAAACAGGUCAAAGAUUGUUAUCCCGGCCAAACCGUUUUGGAACAAGCUGGUUCCUCAUACUGCAUACUGGAACUGGCAGCAGCAGAUCCUGGACAUACACAACAACCCCAUCAUUUUGGCCAAUUCCACGUUAUCAGACUUACCAGAAUGGCUCAAUGAUACCAACUCUGGCUCUGACCCCUGCCAGCCUGAUCUUAGGGUCACCACCAAAAUAAAGGACUACAACUCUCUACCACAGCGCUUUAAGGACUUUCUUAUUUACAUGCGUUGUCGCUCUUACACACUUAAGGUGGAUCAGCCUGACAUGUGUAAGGAGCCUCCAUUCCUGCUGCUGGCCAUCAAGUCUCUGGCUCCACACUUUGACCGGCGCCAGGCCAUCCGAGAGUCCUGGGGGAGGGCGGGUUUUCUGGGGAACCACUCCAUCAUCACAAUCUUCCUACUUGGCAACGCCACUGCAGAAGACCACCACCCAGACCUGUCUGCGAUGCUGCAUUAUGAGAGUCAGCAACACAAGGACAUCAUUCAGUGGGACUAUAGAGACUCCUUCUUUAAUCUUACUGUUAAAGAAGUUUUAUUCCUGGAGUGGAUUCAAACUCGUUGCCCGGGUGCCCGCUUCAUUUUCAAAGGUGAUGAUGAUGUGUUUGUUAACACCCAUCGCAUCCUGAACUUUCUCAAAGCCCUUCCAGAGUCCAAGGCCAAAGACCUGUUCAUAGGUGAUGUGAUCACAAAUGCGGGGCCACACAGAGACAAAAAGGUCAAAUACUUUAUCCCAGAGAGCAUGUAUAUAGGCACAUACCCGCCGUAUGCUGGGGGCGGAGGCUAUCUUUACUCUGGGGACAUCGCCGCUCGCCUUCACAAUGUGUCGCAGCAUGUGGCACUCUAUCCCAUCGAUGAUGUAUACACAGGCAUGUGCCUCAGGAAGCUAGGGCUGACCCCAGAGAAGCACAAGGGCUUUAGGACAUUUAACAUUGAAGAGAAAUACAGGUCAAACCCCUGUGCGUACAACAGCUUAAUGUUGGUUCACCCCAGGACCCCACAGGAGAUGAUCCAAAUCUGGGCCUGGCUCAGUAACCCCAAAUUGACCUGUCAGUGAUGCCUGCAGAAAGCCCAGUCUGAGGACAGGGGAAUAAUAAGGAAGAAGACUAUGGGGACCUUUGCCUGAGGGUCAAGGUCAAAUUAUAUUAUUUAUUUUUAAAGGUGGCAGCUGUACGUUGUGCUGUUAUUGUGAUAAUACACAGCCUUGAAGAUGCUAGUGACGCAUUGUGCAGCCGACAUAGUAUUUUCUUUGACAGAAUCUGAGCUGUGCUAACCCUGCUUUGCUGUAGAAUGAGCUGUACCAAACUUGUUACAUUGAUCAUUGUGUGUGUGCACAUAUUUAUACAAUAUUUAUAUAACCUUUAUGAAGCUUUAACACUGUGUGUCAGCUCAACAUCGAGCUUCUAAAUGCUGUAUUAUGAAAACAGUUGGCCUAAACUGAGGCAGUGUUCUCUUUGAAAUUCAGUAUAAGGUUUUAGACAAGUAUUGUUUUCAGUUGAAGAUUUGUGAACAUUGAAAACCUUGUGAGUCCAAAGUGAACACAUCCUCAGUGACUGUUGCUGGAGAUUGUGCUGCUAUUCCUGCCCACACUCCUCAGAGUAUUAUGUGCUGCAGCCUAGACAGUUCUACUCACUUUGCUGUGUAGGCUCUGCUAUAAACAUUUUCACAUUUAUUAGCUUUUCCUCAUAUAUAAUUCAUCCAUUUAACUAAGAGCUUUAUGUUUUGCUCAGCGGGUCUGGGUGUGGUUUAUCAGAGAAAAACAUCCCAAUUGGCUUAGACUAACUCUUGUAUCAAGAUGUACCUCCUUGUUUUGCUUAUUUGAAGACACAGUGAGCGAUUUUUUUGUAGACAAGCAAAACUUGUAUUUUAAGAUGUUAGCAUUUAUUACAAAGAUAUUGUUUAUUUUAUUGAAGUGACAGCUGAUAAUAGUAUCCAAAAUCUAUUGAGAUAAAUGUUGGAGAGGUAUAUGUGCUGUGUGUAAGGUAGACCUGUUAGGUCAAGCUUUUUAUGAAUCCAGAGAAAGCCACUUUUUUUCUCUAGUAGGUUUAAGAUAAAAUUGUGAAUGUCUGAAGGGUCUAUUUCAGUAUUUAUGUUGGCAGACUUUGAAGUAGCAUGAAUGUACUGUAAUACUCUGCCCACAUCAACUUGACAAAAGGCAAUAUUCUCUGUUGGCACUCCCUCUGCUGGUCAGGAUGGAGAGUGACACGCUCACCUUGAGGCCUUAAAUCCUUUCUCUGUAUGUAUUUAAUUAAGUUGAUUAAGGUAUUUGAUGUGAAAUUGCUGGACUCUUCCCAUGUUUAAUUUUAAGGGUAAAGAUACUUAUGAUAAAAUGAAGAAAUUAAGCCAAAUCGAUAUGAUUUUGUUCUGAUAGAUUUAGCAAGGCUACUUUAUUUGUAUGGAGCACACAUUUACAAUCUCAUAUGUUCUGUUCACACCAAAUAGUUGAUAGUCUUUUGCUGCAGUUUGUGACAACAUGAAAUGUUUACAAUGUCAUUUUUCUUCUGAAGGCUUUUGGCCAGAACUAGGAUAAUGGUCAGUUUUAAGUAUUCUAUAGUCUCUUUUCUGUUUCUCAUAGGUCUGUGUAGCUAAUCUUCAUUUCAUUGCUUUAGCUUUAAGUGUCACUUGACUGUCCACUCUUUUGAUAAUUUAAGAAUAUCAUGUUUUACAAACAUUAAUAAUAGACUACUUUUAAAUCUGGGGUAAUACCAAGUUUUUAAUAAUGAUAUUUUGAACCAGAAAACCAAAAUGGUCAGUGAAUCAAAUAAUCUAUUGAUGUCCAUUUUCCAUGACCUCACUUAGGCCUGUCAUGAUAACACAUUUUGAAGAGAAAUACAUUGCUACAGAGAAAUACUGCGAUAAACGAUAAUAUUUAAACUAUUUAUGCCACUGAUGCAAUAAUAAUAAUGCAAGAUAAUCUUUGUAAAACUUUUAAAAAAAAAGACAGUAUCAUUGAGAGGCCUGAGCUGUGAUAAAUAACAGAGUGAGACAUUAGCAAUAGAAGUCACUUAUUCAACCUUGUAUUAAACAGAAACUUUUCACUUACGUUUGACUUUAACCCCCACUUUUACAAACAAUACAUUUUGAGCCCCAAAAGAUAUAGUUCCAGCUUUCAUAUGGUGAACGAUAAGUCGAUAUAGUCAUUAUCGUGACAGGCCUAACCUCACCUCUUUGUCAUAAUGUUCCUGCUGCACUUGCCUUUUUGAGGUUCUCACCAUAAUUGUGCCUAAAGUUUCUCUGCUCUGUUUGGAUAUUCUGCAACCUCCUAAGACUAUUUCACAUUUGUGGCCUAGAAUGUCAUGACUUAAAAUAAAGAUUUAUUUUUCUGUUUUUGUACAUUC